AUGGACACCCCAGGCGGGCAAGGCCUGCACCACAAAGACUCCCAAGCGACGCUCAUCUCCCUCCUCCAGCUCGACCCGUCGCCCAUAGACUCGCCAUCACUCUCUGCCGCCGACAAGGAGACGGGCCUCGCCGCCGGCCCAGACACCACAUCACAAGGGAGCAAUGGCUCAAUAAGAUACUCGUCCUACGCAAUGGGCGUCUUCACGGCCCUCCACCUCACCAACGUGUCCCUGAUACCCGCCGUGACGCGGUCCGUCGCCGGCUCCGAAACGUACCUCCUCAUGGCGCGCGAGAUCUACCAGACGUCCGUGGCCGAGCCUGUGCUCGUGGCGCUCCCCGUCGUGCUGCACGUCGGUUCCGGCCUGGCCCUGCGUCUGCUGCGGCGAUGGCAGAAUAUGGAGCGCUACGGGGGCGGCACGCCGGGCAUGUACGCGCUGCACAGGAUGCGGGAAGCGCUGUCGGGGAAGAGUGUCGGCAGCGCAGUGCGCCUGUGGCCGCCGUUGACGUAUAUAUCCAUGUCCGGAUAUGCACUGACAUUAUUCUACGGGGCACACGUCUUCGUGAACAGAAUACUACCGCUCGCUGUCGAGGGGGACAGUUCGAAUAUUGGGCUGGCAUAUGUUGCGCACGGCUUUGCCAGACACCCGACUACGUCGAGACUUGCGUACCUGGGGCUUUUGGCCACGGCUAGCGGGCACAUGGUUUGGGGGUUGGCACGGUGGUUCGGCAUGGCGCCGUCGACAGAGGGCUGGAGAGGCAAGGGCAGCGUGGCCGUGGACAGGAAGACGAGGACACAACGGAGGAGGAAGUGGUUGAGUGUUCACGGAGUUGCUGCUGGGCUGGCGGCGUUGUGGGCGAUCGGGGGGUUAGGAGUUGUGGCAAGGGGAGGAUUGGCGGAUGGCUGGGUGGGAAAGAUGUAUGAUGAGCUGUUUGGGAGCGUGGGCAUGUGA